AUGAAACCCACUAUCAUCCUCCCCCUCCUCGCUCUCUUCUCCGCCGGCUUCGCCGUCGCCCUUCCGGCCGCCGAGGCUCAGGAUCCCGCUGAUCCGGAAUCCGACCCCGGAGACGUUGGCACUGAAGCUGUUAUCCCUGGUGUAUGUACAUACUCCUCUGCCCUAUCUCCCCUCCGCUCACCCGAAGCGCGUCGCGUCACAGACGUCCCGCACGGCUCGAGCUAA